CGACGCCACCGUUCUGCUGCUCUUGUCUGAACCGUCUUCAAGUUCAUUAGCUUUUCUCUAAUUCAAAGUAACAGCUGCAUUCAGGCCCAGCUCGUCCUUUUGGAGAAAUGGCAACAACCGUAAAACUGAACACCGGUGCCCAAAUGCCCAUUAUGGGACUUGGAACAUGGAAGUCCCCCCCCGGCAAGGUGUCCGAGGCGGUGAAAACAGCCAUCUUGGCAGGCUACAGGCACAUUGACGGGGCGUUCGUGUACCAGAACGAGUCGGAAGUGGGAGAGGGUGUCAACACCUCGAUCAAAGAUGGCGUUGUCAAACGAGAGGACCUUUUCAUUGUUAGCAAGCUGUGGUGCACUUUCCACGAGAAGUCCAUGGUCAGAAAAGGCUGCGAGAAGACUCUGAGUGAUCUGAAACUGGACUACCUUGAUCUCUAUCUGAUACACUGGCCCGUAGGUUUCAAGGCUGGCGAGGAUCUUUUUCCAUUGGACAGCGCCGGAGAGACAAUCAAUGACGACACUAACUUCCUGGAGACAUGGGAGGCGAUGGAGGAGCUGGUGGAUGCUGGUUUGGUGAAAGCUAUCGGCGUGUCCAACUUCAACAAGGAGCAGAUUCAAGCCAUUCUCAACAAGCCGGGCCUCAAAUACAGGCCGGCCAACAACCAGGUGGAGUGCCACCCGUACCUAACCCAGGACCAGCUGAUCGCCUUCUGCCACUCUCAGGGCAUCUCAGUGACCGCCUACAGUCCCCUGGGCUCCCCCGACAGACCCUGGGCUAAACCUGAGGACCCCUCUCUGCUGGAAGACCCGAACAUUAAAGCCAUCGCUGCGAAGCACAACAAGACUCCUGCUCAGGUCCUGAUCCGCUUCCACAUCCAGAGGAACGUGAUCGCAAUCCCCAAAUCCAUCACACCCAGCCGCAUUCAGGAGAACUUCCAGGUGUUUGACUUUGCUCUCACUGAGGAGGAAAUGAAGACUAUAGUAGGGUUCAACAGGAACUGGAGAGUCUGUCCAAUGCAAGAGAGCUUGAAGCACAAGGACUAUCCAUUCCACGCUUAAUUCUGGAAUGGAUGAAUUCCACCAGAGCGUCUCCACCCUCUGCGCUGCUUUAUCUUUAGAGCGUUUUGGAUAUUUAGUACAGCCUUACCUAAACGUUAAAAUGUGUUGCUCUCAGGAGAAACUUUAAAUUCUUUAGUGAUCACUUUUGUCUAACUGAAACACACUCCUAAAACCUCUUAAUACAAAAUGAGUUUGCUUUAAAAUGAUUUUUUAUUUGUGUGUCAUUUUAUGUUACUGAAGAACUGUGUACAAACUACAUUUGUAUUUUCAAACUGAAUAACUGCUCUCAUCUAUUUUUGAAACCGGAAUAACAAUUUAUAAAAUCAUGCCCUUUGUAUAUUUGUAGAUUAACCUGAUGUAGCACAUGUAUGAGUAAAUGUUCAUAAGUAAAUGAAAAGAUCAAUUCCUGUUUUAAGUCCAAACACUACUCAUGUCGCUACGCUAAUUUAAAAGCACUGUUAUCUGUUUAAAAUUCAGAACUUAAUGCACUCAUUUUGGGAUGACAAAGUGUUUUUUUACUUUAUUCGUGAGUCAUACAUGGCACUAUUUUUCCUGUUACGAAAUCGAAGCUUUCACUUCCCACUUAUAAGACGCUGAAAUAAAGUCCUGGCUGUGGGAGACAAUAAAA